UCGCCCAAGUGUUGUGCUGUCAUUCUUGAAAAAUUUUUAUGCAUUUAGUUAAAAAGUAAAUUUUUUCUAUUCUAUUUAUAAUUGAAUUUAAGCACAAAAAUGGAACCUUAUGAUGUGAUAGUUAAUCAACCAGUUGUUAUUGAUAACGGAUCUGGCGUUAUUAAGGCUGGUUUCGCUGGUGACCAUGUUCCAAAAUGUCGCUUUCCAAAUUACAUUGGUAGACCGAAACAUUUACGGGUUAUGGCUGGUGCCUUGGAGGGUGAUUUAUUUGUGGGGCCAAAAGCUGAAGAACACAGAGGUUUGUUAAGUAUCCGUUAUCCAAUGGAACAUGGAAUAGUUACCGAUUGGAAUGACAUGGAGCGGAUCUGGAACUACAUUUAUAGUAAAGAUCAAUUAUCGACUUUUUCCGAAGAGCAUCCAGUAUUAUUAACAGAAGCUCCUCUUAAUCCUAGAAGAAAUAGGGAAAAGGCUGCUGAAAUAUUUUUUGAAACUUUAAAUGUGCCUGCUCUUUUUGUAUCAAUGCAAGCUGUUCUUAGUUUAUAUGCUACAGGGCGUGUUACAGGUGUAGUUUUAGAUUCUGGUGAUGGAGUUACACAUGCUGUUCCUAUAUAUGAAGGAUUUGCAAUGCCUCAUAGCAUUAUGCGAGUCGAUAUAGCUGGACGGGACGUAACUCGCUAUCUAAAAGCGUUAAUAAGAAAAGAAGGUUUCAAUUUCCGUACCACUGCCGAAUUUGAAAUAGUAAGAUCGAUAAAGGAAAAAGUUUGCUAUUUGGCUAGUAACCCUCAAAAGGAAGAAAAUAUUGAAACAGAAAAAUUCGCAUAUACAUUACCAGAUGGAAAAACAUUAGAAAUUGGUCCAGCAAGAUUUCGUGCUCCUGAAGUAUUAUUUCGACCAGAUUUACUUGGUGAAGAAUGUGAGGGCAUUCAUGAUGUACUUAUAUACUCUAUUGAAAAAUCUGAUAUGGAUUUAAGAAAAAUGUUGUAUCAAAAUAUUGUGCUAUCAGGAGGUUCUACUUUGUUUAAAGGCUUUGGUGAUAGAUUAUUAGCAGAAAUAAAAAAACAUGGGCCAAAAGAUUUGAAAAUUAGGAUUGCAGCACCACAAGAAAGAUUAUAUUCAACAUGGAUGGGAGGCUCUAUUUUAGCAUCUCUGGACACAUUUAAAAAAAUGUGGAUUUCUAAGAGAGAAUAUGAUGAAGAAGGGCAUAGAGCAGUACAUAGAAAGACAUUUUAAUUUUAAGUAAAUUUUAUUUUUUCUAUUUCAAAAUAAUUUAUAUAACACAAAAAGAAAAAAAAACAAUUUAUAUAAUUAAAAUAAAACAAAAUAAAAAUUAUAUAUUUAUUAACAAAACCUACUGAUUUUUUUAGGUUAAAAACGCUUUCAAUAGGAAUUAUAUAGAAAUUUUUACUUUGUAUGUAUUUAUGUAUAAUAUCAAUAAAUUCUCAAUUUUUGUUAUAAGCAUAAUCAAAAUUUUCUACGUUGUUUAAAUAUUUUGAAGCUUGAAUAAAUUUUAUUUUUGAUAA